AGGGGGAGGAGCCUCCAGUGAAAGUGAAAGUGUUCAGACUGGUUCUAACUUCAAGGAGCAGACGGAGGAGACGUGAAGUCUGAGGCUGUGAACUGGUUCAACUGGGAGGAAGAGGAGCCUGAGAACAGGGAGCGGUCAGACUCCAUUUUCACCUGGAUGAGCAGAAGGAAGGAAAGUGAGCAGACUGAAGAUGAGUGGUUAUGAGAAGGAAGAGGAGGACAGAGCAGUCUCCAGUUGUCUGUCUCUGAAGAGUGACUGGUCCAUGUUUCUUCCUCCAUUCUUCAGUAAUGAACCUGGACCCUCACACACAAAAGGUCAGGACCACAGACUGAGAGCAGAGUCUCCAGGGUCCAGCUGUCUGUCUCUGAAGAGUGACCGGUCCAUGAGUCUUCCUCCAAACUUCAGUAAAGAACCUGGACCCUCACCCACAGAGGAGAGGAAGAGGAGUCAUGUUUCUGAGGAGGAGCAGUCGUCCUGCUGUGCUUCGUGUCAGGAUGUCCUGAAGGAUCCAGUCUCCACCAGCUGUGGACACUGGUUCUGCAGACAGUGCAUCACCUCAUACUGGGACCAGUCUGGUUCUUCAGGAGACUCCUCCUGUCCCCAGUGUGGAAAAAGAUCCAGAACAGGAGCUGGAGGUCAGACAGCCGCAGAUCGUGGUCUGCAGGAGGUUUCAGAUGAACAUAAGCUCAGUGUGAGGAGGAGAUGUGAACAUGUGACUGAAGGAAGUGAUGAAACAGGAAGUAGAACCCUCCUCAACAGGAUCUACACUGAGCUCUACAUCACAGAGGGACAGAGUGAAGAGGUUAAUACUCAACAUGAGGUGAGGCAGCUUGAGACGGCUUCCAAGAUGAAGAUCCUCCAGGACACUCCCAUCAAGGUCCAGGACAUCUUUAAAGCCUCCACUGACCAGCAGAGCAGCAUCAGAGUCGUCCUGACCAACGGAGUCGCUGGCGUUGGAAAAACCUUCUCGGUGCAGAAGUUCACUCUGGACUGGGCAGAGGGUUUAGAGAACCAGGAUGUGGGUCUGCUGGCUGUGCUUUCGUUCAGGGAGCUGAACCUGGUGAAGGACCAGCAGCUCAGUCUUCUCACGCUGCUCCAUGUUUUCCAUCCAGCGUUACAGAAGCUCACGGCAGAGACGCUCGCUGUCUGUAAACCUUUGUUCAUCUUUGACGGCCUGGAUGAAAGCAGACCUUCUCUGGACUUCAACCACAGGGAGCUUGUGUCUGAGGUCACACAGAGGUCAUCAGUCAACGUGCUGCUGACAAACCUCAUCCGGGGGAAUCUGCUUCCCUCGGCUCUCGUCUGGAUAACCUCCAGACCUGCGGCGGCCAAUCAGAUCCCUCCUGCAUGUGUUGACAGGGUCACAGAAGUACGAGGCUUCACUGAGGCCCAGAAGGAGGAGUACUUCAGGAGGAGAUUCAGUGAUGAAGAGCUGUGCAGCAGAAUCAUCUCACACAUCAAGACGUCCAGGAGCCUCCACAUCAUGUGUCAAAUCCCAGUCUUCUGCUGGAUCAGUGCUACAGUUCUGGAGCACAUGUUGACCACAGACCAGAGAGGAGAGCUGCCCAAGACCCUGACUGACCUGUACUCACACUUCCUGCUGGUUCAGACAAAGAGGAAGAACAACAAGUACGGUGAGGGACAUGAGACGAGUCCACAGCAGCUGACGGAGGCUGACAGGGACGUUCUCCUGAAGCUGGGGAGGCUGGCACUUAAACAUCUGGAGGAAGGAAACAUCAUGUUCUACCAAGAAGACCUGGAGCGGUGUGGUCUUAAUGUCACAGAGGCCUCGGUGUACUCAGGAGUUUGUACUGAGAUCUUCAGAAGAGAGUGUGUGAUCUUCCAGAAAUCAGUCUACUGCUUUGUUCAUCUGAGCGUUCAGGAGUUUCUGGCUGCAGUCUACAUGUUCCACUGUUACACCGAGAGGAACACAGAAGAACUCAACAACUUCUUGGGAAUGCGUAAGAAAACAGACAGUACCUUCUCCCUGGAUGACCUCCUGAAGAGAACCAUGAAGAAAUCCCUCACCAGUACAAAUGGUCAUCUGGACCUGUUUGUUCGCUUCCUUCACGGCCUCAGUCUGGAGUCCAACCAGAGAGUCUUAGGAGGCCUGCUGGGUCGGACAGAGAACAAUCCAGAGAUCAUCCAGAGAGUCAUCAACAACCUGAAGAAGAUGAAGAGUGAUGACAUUUCUCCUGACAGAAGCAUCAACAUCUUCCACUGUCUGACUGAGAUGAACGACCACUCAGUUCAUCAGCAGGUGAAAGAGUUCCUGACGUCAAAGAAAAAAUCAAAGUAUCUCUCUGUCAUCCACUGCUCAGCUCUGGCCUACAUGCUGCAGAUGUCAGAGGAGGUUCUGGAUGAGUUGGACCUGAAGACGUUCAACACAUCAUACCAGGGUCGACUGAGACUGAUCCCAGCUGUGAGGAACUGCAGGAAGGCUCUACUCAGUCGUUAUGGACUCUCAGUGACUCACUGUGAAGUCGUGGCCUCAGCUCUGAAGUCAGACCCCUCACAUCUGAGAGAACUGGAUCUGAGUGACAACCCCCUGCAGGAUUCAGGAGUGAAGCUGCUGUGUUCUGGACUGGAGAGUCCAAACUGUCGACUGGAGACUCUGAGGUCCUUAAAUCCUUCUUCACUUUUCAAGAUUCAAGAUUCAAGAUUCAAGAUUUUUAUUAUCAAAUGCACAACAAUAACAUUAAGCAGUCGCUGGCAGUGAAAUGCUAGAGUCACAGGCUCUCUUCUGGCAAUGCUCAAGUAAUUACUAAAAAAUAAUAAAAUAAAAAUAAAAUUGAAAUAGUAUAAAAUAGAAUAAAAUAGAAUAUCAAAAUUUAAAAUAGAAAAUAAAGUAUACAUAUCUAAAUAUAUAUAAAAACAGCUGAAGAGAUAAUAAAACAACAAUAGUGCAAUUUAUGCAAUGGUGCAAGUAUGCAAAUAUGUCACGGUGCUGGUUUGGUGGAGUUAUUGCAGUUCAGAGGAGUUUAAAAGUCUUAUGUCCUGGGGGAUGAAACUGUCUCUGAGCCUGGUGCUGCCGGCCCGGAUGCUGCGGUACCGUUUGCCAGAGGGCAGCAGGCAAAAAUGUUUAUGGCUGGGAUGAAAGGGGUCUUUAAUGAUCCGGCUGCUCUUCUUCCUGCACCGCUGGGUGUAGAGGUCCUCUAUGGAUGGGAGCUCCGUCCUGGUGAAGUGCUGGGCAGACUGCACCACCCUCUGUAGAGCCUCACGGUUCAGGGCGGUGCAGCUGCCAGUCAGGAUGCUCUCUAUGGUGCAUCUGUAGAAGUUGCAGAGAAUCCUGGAGUCCAUGUGGAGCCUCUGCAGCCUGUGGAGGAAGAAGAGUCACUGGCCGUCUUCCUGAUGGAGUCUGUGUGAUGGGUCCAGGUCAGGUCAUCAGUGAUGUGGACCCAGAGGAACCUGAAGCUGCUGACUCGCUCCACCGUGGUCCCGUUGAUGGAGAGGGGGGGGGGCGUGUUCUUCUCCUCGUCUCUUCCUGUAGUCCGAGAUCAGCUCCUUCGUUUUGCUGACGUUGAGACACAACAAAAUAUAAAUAGUUUUAUUAUUAUUAUUUAUCACUAUCAUAAUUUGCCAGAGUUGUCAUAGUUACACAGUGAACUUUAUUUACUCCUUCGACUGACACAGCUCCAACAAAGUACGCAGCCAUCUGACUGAAGAGAAGAAAUACACAACACGUUGUUCGACAAUGGAGACGUUAAGUUAGUUUUCCAGGUUUGCCUCGACACACAUGUGUCAUGUUGACAACACACUCGACACACAAGAUCAUCUGUUGAUUUCACACAGAUAAACAACACUUGCAUUAAAGAAACUGUGACAAACCAACACACCCGUUGAUGAGCGUUUGUGUUGUUUUCAUUCUCCGAUGAAUGAACCUGAUCAUCGACAACAACGAGAACAUCUUUUAAAAUCCCGUCCGCUGACUUCAACCAGCAGCGACAGGAGGACACGUGAAGCUCCACACGUCCAUUAGAAGCAGGUUCACCAACUGGACUCAUGAAAACACCGCUCGAGCUUCCUCCUUGUUGACGUGAGGGAUGUUUACAUGUACCUGUUGUUUGGUGUGUGCGUUGUAAUGAUCACCAGCGACAAACAGAAGCACUUUGUGUGGAGCUGGUGACGUGUGUGUGUUCUUCAAUGCUCCCUGUGUCUCCUAUGAAGAGGAGCAUCAGAUUGUGAAGCCUGGUAUUAAGUUUACAGUUUAUUCUGUGUUUGGACUUUCACCAGAUGAACUGGAAGUUACCUCAAAGCACAUCUGGUGACAUACAUCUGACAAAUCAAAGAACGAGACAUUUAUCUGACUCGUGAUUCAGAUUUCAGUGACUCGGUGGCGUAGUGAGAUCGUCAUCAGGCUAGAAGCUCAUAGUGCUUCAGCUCAUUGUUUCGAAUCCCGUUCAAGGUUUUUUUUUUACCAUCUAAAUGUAUAUUGCGGUCUCAACGUGAUGCUGACACAGACACAUGAACUCGUGAAGGGUUCAUGUAGGAUUUUUAUUUCAGCAAGACCUUCAGUAGAUCACCGCACUUCACACACAGGCGCUUUGUGAAAAUGACGAAUCUGCCACCGGCGCUGAAAAGAGCGUCAACAUCUGGAAUGUCGCCAGUUGCCAUGCGCGCCAGUUAAACUGGAACACCGGCUCACGACCCUCGUUUCCUUCGUCGUCGCCUCCGUGCUCCAGGUUGCCGCUCCAACCCGAUGGACAGAAGUUGUUCUCUAUCAUAUAUGAUGAUAGGGCUCGCUUUACCGGAGUGCAUGAUAAAAAAUAAAGUAGAAUAAAUAACUACAAGAUAGAGAAAAAGAGAAAAAGAGCAGAGCUGUUGGAGAGCGUGAGACACAGCAGCCUUCCUCGGCGCUGUCCUCCCCUUUAUCAGACUUUCUUUGUUAUUGGGUCAUUAUUUAUUUAAAUUGUCUCAGUUCUGCUCUGCUCACUGUCCCUCAGUCAUCUGUCACUCACCCAGCCUGUCAGUCACGUCCACCUCAUCAACUCCAUUCACCUGCACUCACCUGCUCCUGAUCACUAAGAAAGUGUCAGUAAAUAACAUGUGGACUGAGGCCGAGCACUCGUCCUCCUCAGGUUUUCAAAAUAAGACACAUUCUUAUUGAAACACGUUGGACAGUUUAUAAGUAUAGAAACAAACAGGAAGUGACAUCAGGAGCCAUCCCUACUUUAAACAGUGUUUAAUUACACAAACCUGCUCAGUGACCAACACACAGAGAAGAAGCUGAUGAAUGAAACAAUGGUCCAACAUGUCUGAUCUGAUAUUUAUCUUCAGGUCACAGACUGGACUGAGGUCAGCAGCAUGUUUAGAGUCUGUGUUGACAUGAUGACGAUCCACAACAACAGGAGGACACAUUC